AUGAGUUUCUGGAGGUUUGCCAAUGCCAAGACUGACUUCAAAGUGAUAACAGAAGUGCUUCAGGAGGGGGACGAUUUUACCUGGUCACAGAUUAUUCCCAACUGGACCUUGACUAACAAGUUCACCAUCGGAAAGGAGUGUGAGCUAGAGAGCAUGCUACGCACCAAGUUCGUGACCACCGUCACCAUGGAAGGAGGCAAGAUAAUUAUUCCGUUCCCCCAGUAUCAUUUCACUGCGGAGAUCAGUGGGGACAAGCUGAUCAUGCUCUGUACAACCGCUGGGGAGAAGGGUGUGACCCUGAAGAGAAUCAACAAGAGGAUCUGAUAUCAAAAAUGUAACGUGUUGAGGCAGAGCUCUUCUGUGUGUGCUGUUACUGGAAACUUUGUCCUCACUACCUCGUAAACUACCCGUAUGUUACUGUUUCACCUCCACAAACAUCUGGAUGACUCAUACCAGCUGGAUCACCCUUCCAGUACAUUUCCAGCAGGUCCCCUGUCCAUCUUUAAUAUAAAAAGAGAUAUACCAAACAAUCUAUGCAACUUCCUGGUAUUCAAUGUUUGAAGUGUGUCAAUGGAAUCCAUGAACUACCUUCAUGUGAAUAAAGUAAUGUCUUAUUUCUUUGUACCAGCUGAUCAUGUAAAAUAAAAGUAAAAUGAACACGCAAGAGAA